UUGACAAUGGCAUCUAUGAUAUUUCACAAGAAAAAUACGGCCGUUUUUUGAGCACAUUUGUAUUUAUUUACAAUAAAUAAACUUGCUACAUUUACCUACUUCGCUUCAUAAACUGUUAACGUGAGCCGAGUUGGCUCCUCCAUCGCUGUGUUCUGGUUAAAUCAAGCGUGGUUCGACAGUUAAGUACCUAUUGUAGUUUGAUUUUGUGUUGUUUUUCGCAAUGAGUUCGCGGUGUAUCUUGUGUGGACCACCUGAAGAUUCGAGCAUCACUCUGCAUCGGUUCCCGAAGCCUGGGAUAACAAACGCUCUGCGCUGUGAAUUAUGGGCAAAGUAUUGCUUCCCGAACCAGGCCGGGUCUUCGUCACCACAAUUUCAAAUGGAACUAUUUAACAAGCAGAAAAUGCUGUGCAACAAACAUUUUGAAGAAAAAGUAUUUAAUCAAAAUAGGUUGUUAAGAUCUGCUGUACCUACCGUUCCUGUGUUACAAAUGGCUCGAACACCGUUCUGUAUUUGCUGCUUGAAAAGGGAUACUGCUUACGUCAGUUUAACGGGCUGUAAACACGCAGAGUUUAUCAAAAACCACCCAAUAAAAAAGAUUAACGAAGAUAAUCCACUAAUAUGCUAUGAGUGUCACAAUAUACUGAAAAAAAUCAAAGAGUUUAGAUUAAGAGUUGAUGAAAGCUACAAAAUAUUAUAUCCACAUGCAACUGUACCAGAAUCAAGUUACAGAAAACCUAAAUUACAAGUAUACAAAAUACCCGAUGUAAUUAUUUCCAAUGAUUAUGAAAAUAUUGAUACGAAUAUAAAAGUAGAAAUGGACACUGCUGAAAAUUCUACCGUAGAAAAUACUGAUACAGAUUAUAUAGAAGAAGAAAUACCUAUGGCAGAAAAUAAGAAUAUAUAUCAUGAAGAACUAGUAGAAAAUUUUGAUCAUAAUUAUGCAGAUUGUCUAGAAGAAAAUGCUACUGCAGAAAAUUCUACCGUAGAAAAGUUAGAAAAUAAGGGUACAAAUUAUGUAGAACAAGAAAAUUUGGAUCAAAAUUAUACUAAUUCCUUAGAAGCAGAAAUUGCUGCUGCAGAAAAUUCUACCGUAGAAAAUUUUGAAAAUAAUCAUAUAAGCAUAAAAGUAGAAACGGUUUCUCCAGAGGAGUGUACCGCAGAAAAUUCUACUACUGAAAUCACUAGCGCAAUCAAUUCUGAAAUCGAUUUAAUAGAAGACACUAAGAAAAGAACAAAGUUAAAAAAUAUCGAAAGUGCCUUCAAAAUUAUUAAUAGCAACCAGAACGAUGCCUGUAUGAGUUUCUUAGCUGCGUCUUUACAAAAUAUUUCGAAAACACUACUUAAUGACAAUUUGAAUAUUUUAUCUAGUCAAAACAUUACGAGCCUUAUUAACCUGAGAAAAAAAACAGAAAACACUUCGAAAAUAAGUCUGGAUGGUGACGUCAAAUUAUUGGAUAACAAGAAAGAUAUUUUGAAAAAAUCACUUACUAAUAAUUGUAAAAUGCGUAAACGUAAAUUACUUGAACUGAAAAUAUCUUCAAAAAUAAAAAAGACCAAAAUUACUAGAGAAGAAUUAAUGGAAGAGAGAUCCCGAACAGCAGUUUCCCAAGCAUACGCGAACUCUUUAUACCGCUGUGACAACUGUUUACUAGGAUUCUAUUAUGAAGAUAAUUUUAAAGACCACAUGAAGAGAAAACAUAGUCCGAAACAGGAUACAAUGAUUUGCGAAGUGUGUUUGCAGUCACUGAAUCCAGGAUCCGGUUAUGAAGAACAUGUUUCUAGGCACUUUACCAGAUUUGAUUGUCUCAUAUGCAAUCGGCGAUUUUCUUCAUUCGAAGUUGCUUUGUCUCAUUAUAAGACUAAGCAUUGUAAAUCAGUAUUUUUCAAGUGUAAACACUGCCCUCAUAUCAGUCGAGUCAAAGACAAUUUGAGACAUCAUUUCAGAAGCCAUAGAGUAGGAAAAAUAUCAUCUAUGAAAAGUUGAUGAAUGAUAAGGAAUCUACAAUACAUCAUAGAGGAUUUUAACUAAGAGAUUAUGAUUAUAAUUAUGUACCUAUUAAGUAUUAAAAAUAAAUGUUUUAUAAAACUUA